AUGAAUAUCCCAGCUUCAGAAUCAGCAGUUCAGAAAUCUCAUGAAGAAAGAUAUAAAAAUUAUGUCUCAGAAUCAACACAAAAUUUAUUAGAUGGUGAAAUAGAUGAAACACUUUCAGAAGAAGGUACUAAAUUUAUUCGUAAACAUAAGUUACAAUUUAUUGAUAAUGAAAAAUACCCUUGUAUCUUACUUUCACCCCCUCUCGAUUCUGAGAAAUUCAAAAAAGCUCUUAAAAACGUGACAUAUGCAACUAAUACGAUUAAGAAAGAAGAUCAUGAUAUUUACACAAAUUAUUAUUUAAAUAAAUGCACAGGUGUUGAUAAAGUUUUUGAUUUAUUAGAUAAAAUAUCAAAAGAAACCAUUGGAACCUAUAAAAUUUUGUGUGAUUGUGGUUUCAUUAUUGAAGAUACCAAUAAUGUUUCAUAUGAAAGAACAGCACCGAAGGAAGAUGAAGUGGAAAGGUCUAUACCAUUCGUUAUUAAGAAUAUAAAAGAUAUGAAAAUGUAUAAGCAUUAUAUUUAUUCAUUUAUUUCAGAAAAAAUGGAAGCAACCCAUAAAACAUCUUCUCAUCAUUUUAUAGCUAUUCAUACAUUCCUUUUCAAAGUUGUGAAAUUAAAUAAGACAGGAAUUAGAUUUAAUGUAUCAGGGUACGCAUUCUUGAGUAAAUUAAAAUGUAUUCGUCACGUCGCAGAUGAUAAAAAUUUAUGUGUUCUUAAUUCAUUUUAUGGGCUUUAA